AUGCAAUAUCAUCAGUUGGUAGCUGGGUUGCUACUUGGGCUAGUGCCACAAACCUUGGCUGACAUGUCAAUCUGGGUAGAUGCCCCUGUACAAGGUAUUCAAGAUGCUAUGGAAUCAACUCCAUCUGGCGGUCUAAGACCUGUGAAAUCCCCGGAUACAUGCAAUCAGAUGAUAGAACCACAGAAAUCAGGUGAAAAGUUUGAAGCCCAAGAAUCUCCUUCAGAAAUAUGUGUAUGUCCACCCUCACCGGAAAGUGAAGAAGAAUCAGUGGGAUCCAGUCGUUCAGAUGACUAUAAUUUUCCAGAAGAGUUAGAAAGCCCUCCUCCUCAACAAGCUAACAGAAACAACAUUGUGCUACAAUCUGGACCACUUCCUGCCAGGAGACUGAGAAGGGUAGCGGGUGCAAGUGUAACUUCAAGGCCUGAGGGUGACUGUCACUCUGGCUCAAAGAACUGCUCCUCCUCCUGUGUGUUGUCUUUUUUUGCACUUGCAAUCAAAUGGCCUUUUAUCAGGCGCUUCAGGAACUUCAAGAACUUCAAGCACCUUUUUUGUCUAUAG